AUGGCGAUCAUCCGAGUUUCCACCGGGAGAGAUUCCGCAAGAGAGAAGCCGGCGAUUCAACGAGUGAUUGACUGCACCUUUCAAUCGAAUAUUCAGAAGAUUAUGACGGAUCGGGCAGAGUCUGGCUCUUCCAGUUCGCUCUAUCUUGUGCAGGUCUCACGACAGGAGAGCAGAGAUGGGGAGAUUGGGGAAUGGAACGUCCUGGCAGAGUGA